AUGCUUUUUCAGAUGAUGUCAGUUCACCCAAACCCCAUUAUUUCCUCACACAUCAUGCAGUCCUUGCAGACCAUUGCUCUGUCUGCUGCUCAUCACAUAGUUGAACACCAGAGCCAAAGUUUUAAAGUGUGGGUACCCUCUGUACGGGACAUCACCCUGGUUUUCCUGAACAUGGGGGCGUCAUUUAUCAGUCUGUUCCCUUUGGAGGCUCUGCAACCCCCUUUUACUGAGGGAGACCUUUUAGAGAGCUUUCAGCUGGAAGAAACCAGCCAAGACCGAGUGCUAUCUGACAUGAAAGACAAUGCUACUUUACCAGUACAUAAUUUGGAGAGUGUUCUCAACGUAAGCUGA